GAUCCGUUCCCGGAGCAACAGGGAAAAUGGCAGCGCUCACCACCCUCACUCAGCUGUCGAGUGGGAACCCAAUGUACGAAAGUUUUUAUCGACAGGUGGAUCCAGGAAACACAGGGAGAGUAGGACCCACAGAGGCUGCCUUAUUCUUAAAGAAAUCAGGACUACCUGACAUCACUCUGGGAAAGAUUUGGGACCUAGCUGAUCCAGAUGGAAAAGGUUUCUUGGACAAACAGGGAUUUUAUGUUGCUCUGCGACUUGUGGCCUGUGCACAGAGCGGUCAAGAUGUCUCUCUUUCAAGUUUAAACCUCACUGUUCCCCCUCCUAAAUUUAAGGACCCUAGCAGCCCAUCAUUAACUGCCGCAUCAUCGACUGACAGCCACUGGGCAGUUAGGCCUGAAGAGAAGAGCAAGUUUGAUGGUAUUUUUGAAAGUCUUGCACCAGUAAAUGGACUCCUCUCCGGUGAAAAGGUCAAACCAGUUCUUAUGAAUUCAAAACUUCCUGUGGAUGUUUUAGGAAAGGUUUGGGAUCUAAGUGAUAUAGAUAAAGAUGGACAUUUGGACAGGGACGAGUUUGCAGUGGCUAUGCACCUUGUGUACCGUGCACUGGAGAAAGAGCCAGUUCCUUCUGUCCUGCCCUCCUCUCUCAUUCCUCCAUCCAAAAGGAAGAAAUCUGCAGGCUCGCUGCCUGGAAUGGCGCCUGUACUGCCAGGGAGCCCACCACCACCUAAAGACAGUCUACGCUCCACACCCUCCCACGGCAGCAUGAAUUCUCUAAACAGUGCUGGAAGCCUCUCUCCAAAACACACUCUAAAGUCCACACAGCACUCUGUGAACUGGGUGGUGCCAGCAGCAGACAGGCAGCGCUACGAUGACAUCUUCCUGAAAACGGAUGCUGACCUUGACGGCUUUGUCAGCGGUCAAGAAGUGAAAGAGAUCUUCAUGCAGUCUGGCCUUCCCCAGAACAUCCUGGCACAUAUAUGGGCUUUGGCAGACACGCGGCAGAUGGGCAAGCUGACCCGAGAGCAGUUUGCACUGGCCAUGCAUUUCAUCCAGCAGAAAGUGAGUAAAGGCUUGGAUCCUCCACAGGCCCUGACCCCAGAAAUGAUCCCACCGUCAGAGAGAGGCACCCCUAAUCUGUCAGGGUACAUGACGCCUGUAGGGUCGGAGAUGGCAGCCCUGACUGAGAUGCGCAGAGACAGCUCCAGCUCCGUGGGGUCCGGUGAGUUCACUGGAAUCAAGGAACUGGAUGAUAUCAGCCAGGAGAUUGCUCAGCUGCAAAGGGAGAAAUACACGCUGGAACAAGACAUUAGAGAAGCAGAGGAGGCCAUCAGACACAAAACUACUGAAGUCCAGGAGAUGCAGAAUGAUCUGGACCGAGAAACGUGCAGUCUGCAGGAGCUUGAGGCCCAGAAACAAGAUGCUCAAGACCGGCUGGAUGAGAUGGACCAGCAGAAGGCCAAGCUGGAAGAUAUGCUCAAUGAAGUGCGUCAGAAAUGCCAAGAGGAAUCCCAAAUGAUCUCCUCCCUGCAGACUCAGAUCCAUUCGCAAGAGUCGGACCUGUUGAACCAGGAGGAGGAGCUGAGCCGGGCCAAAGCAGACCUGAGCCGACUACAGCAGGAGGAGAGCCAGCUGGAGCAGAGCCUCCAGGCCGGCAAGAUCCAGCUGGAGACCAUCAUUAAGUCACUCAAGGCCACCCAGGACGAGAUUAACCAGGCUCGCAGCAAGCUGUCCCAGAUCCAGGACAAUCAGCACGAAAUGAGCAAAAGCAUCGAGCAGUAUAGCAGCGCUCUGAACGGCACACACGGGGGCAGCAUGACCAACCUGGCUGACAUGAGCGAGGGCUUCCCAGAGAAGGAGAACGGAGGCUUCGGGGCCAUGGAGGACCCCUUCAAAGUGAAGACCAAUGUGUUCAACAGCAACUCUCAAGAGAUGCACACAGACCCCUUCCAGUCUGAAGACCCCUUCAAAUCUGACCCUUUCAAAGGUGAUCCUUUCCAGAAUGAUCCUUUUGCCAAGCAGCCGCCCACAGCUACAGAUCCGUUUGGGGGAGAUCCUUUUAAAGAGACAGACCCAUUCAAGACCACUUCAGAAGACUUCUUUAAGCGGCCGACCAAGGCCGAUCCCUUCACCAGCUCUGAUCCGUUCAGCAAAAGUGCUACUCUCCCAGCAAAGUCUCAUCACUUCUCAAGCAACGAUCCUUUCGCUUCAACCAGUCCCAAACCGAAAGGCUCAGAUCCCUUCGGCACUCUGGACCCCUUUGGAAGCAGCUCAUUUGGCAGCAACAGUGGAUUUGCUGACUUCAGCCAGAUGUCUAAGCAGGGCUUCGUAGAUGACCCCUUCAGUCGAAAGCAGGACACUCCAGCUCUCCCGCCCAAGAAGACCAUCCCGCCUCGGCCCAAGCCUCCCAGCGAAGCUGGAGAAAAUUGUUGCGGUGUUCUAAGAGGUGUUUUAAUACGAGGUAAAAGCACCCCGACUAACUUGCCUGGAUCAGGGGAUUCGGCCAAGUCAAGCGAUCCCUUCCAGCCCUUUGGCUCUGACGCUAACGACCCGUUUCAGAGUAAAAAGGGGGUCGGGGACCCAUUUAGUGGCAAAGAUCCGUUUGCUCCAUCUGCUUCAAGUAAAGCCUCUAAAGACUCUUCCUUGGGUUUUGCAGACUUCAGCUCUUUUGGUAAUGAGGCGCAGCAGAUGGAGUGGGCGAAGCGCGAGAGCGAGAGAGCAGAGCGAGAGAGGCUGAAGAGACUCCGGCAGCAAGAGCAAGAAGACCUGGAGCUGGCCAUCGCCCUCAGCAAGGCCGAAAUGUCCAACACCUGACCUCCCUGUCCUCACAUGCACCUUCCUCACACCACUGCAGCAGCCAGAGGAAAGCGUGAAUGUGUGUGUGUGAGAGAGAGAGAGAGAUAGAGUGAAUGAGAGUGAGUACGUAGUGUGUGUUGGAGAUCGGAGAGUUUAAAAAAAAUAGGGAGUUCUCACCGUUCAAACGUUUCCUUUUACUUUAAUGUGACGUGUCGAUAUGGGGCAACCCAUGUUUUUGUGAAUGGGCUAGUUCAUUCUACAUGCACUGCAUUAACCUGCACUACUCUGACAGAAAUAGUUUAUUUAAGGUGUCAAUGUGUGAGUGGACGCGUGAGUGUGCGAGUGAGUGUGUGCUCCUGCAUGUGUGUCUCAAAUUAGUGAACCUGUUAACAGAGCCAUAAGUCGUGAGUUUGGUCAAUAAAGCCCCUUACUAUAACCCUUUUACUGGACAAAAAGAAACAAAUGCUAUAGAAACUCUAGAAUGACUGAAAGCAUAUCAUCCUAAGUAUCGUCCAUGUCUGCUUUGGGCCUCUCCGACAUGUCCAGAUAUUUUUAAAAACAUUUUAAAAAGUCUUUGUGUUUUUGAAAACCUCUCCGUCCACAUUAAAACGUUAAGAACAACUCAGAAUGCUCACUUGAGGAUUCCAGCCCAGUGCAGGCGACUAUAACCUAUAAAAUUUAAUGCCAAACCCCUCCAGAAGAACAUCUAGAACACAAAGCUGAAACACAGAUUUUCUUAGAGGCUUUGACAUUUGAGGCGUUUUAGGGCCUCUGUUAAAAAAAUAAUAAUAAUAGACUUCAAGAAUAAAGUUGUAAUAUUUCGAGGAAAAAGUUGUGAUUUAAAGUUGUAAGUUGUAGUGUAAAGUUGUAAUUUCUAUCAUAAAGUCAUAAAGUUACAAGAAUAAACUCGAGUUGUUUCGGGGCUAAUUGUCGGGGGGCUGGCAUAACAUGUUGGGGCCUCGGUUUCUGUAGUGGCAACGACGAAGAAGCCGAGAGCACCGGAGUUCCGCUCCUUCAGGAUCGAUCAUUUUGAUUAUCGUUCUCAUUGUCUCCUGUGAAACUACAUGCCCUCUUUGAAUGGCAAGGAGAUGUAACCACCGAUAGGCUUGUAGACGACCAUUGCCUGCGAGUUCUCCUUCAACAAUAGAGACAAUUUCCUGCGAGUCCGUCUGGUUCUUUCUUCUAAAUAAACACAGUUUCUUGUACGGCCAUUUCAGCAAUUUCUUAUACUAAUAACAAUCUGCUGAUCUGCCAGAAGAGACAGGGAGACUGAGUAUUUCUUUAUUGGUGAAAAAUAUACGAAAGUGUAACUUUACCGUCUCCUCAACAUCCCUCAUUUUAACACAAGGAAGUUGCUACCUUCCUUUUGCAAACCCUUUGGCCACAGUGUGACUUCCCACUUUAAUGUUGUGUUUCUAUGACUUUAUUCUCGAAAUAUUACGACUUUAUUCUCGAAAUAUUACGACUUUAUUCUGGAAAAGCCGACUUUAUUCUCAAAGUUUGUUAUUUUAUUUUUUUAGCAGUGGCUCUAAAACGCUAUCGUACAUUCCAGCAUUUCACACAGGCUCAAAGUUUCUGCCAGAAAAUUAACACUUAAAAAAGCAAAAGAAAUACUAACCAUUUUACUGGUUAUUAAUAAUCACUUUUUGUAUCUUUAGAAUCAUUUUGCUUUCGAAUCUUUCGAAAUUUGUAAUAUUUACAAUCAAGUCGACACUCCAUUCAAAUGACUGUGGUACAGUUUGAUGCCUUUGUGCUAUAGUUUAAAAAAAAGUAAACCUAAUUUCACUUAUAAGCAUUACCAUCACCAAACUAGUGAGCAUUUCCAGAGUUCUCCCUGCUCAGUGCAUGAAAAUGACAUGCACAAGUUAGUGGCGUGAUGUCAGCAUAUAAAAAAAAAAACAGCGUUUUGCAUGUCUGCACAAAGAUCUCCACCCUGCAGGGCAUUGUCAAAAACCUCAUUUUUCAGUGGACAAAAAUGACAUUUUCUUGUGGACAGGAGCCCAAAAAGCAGAGAAAAAAAAAUAGUUUUUAAAAAUAUCCGAAUACAUGUGGGCGAGGCCUCAGUUGCUUCCUAAGUUCAGUCGCAUGCUACCUUACACAGGACUGGUUAGCUCAUUUCAUAUUAAAGGGAUUUUGAUAUACAGUGCUGUAAAAAAGUAUGUACCCCUUCCCAAUUACUUCUAUUUUGCAUAUUUGUCACACUUGAAGAUCAUCAAACUACUUUCAAUAUUAGACAAUGAUAACCUAAGUAAACACAAAAUGCUGUUCUUAAAUGAUUUCAUUUACUGAAGGAAACAUGCUGUUCAGCCCUACCUGGCCCUGUGUGAAAAAGUGGUUUCCCCCUUAGCUACUAAAUCAACCAGUUAACCAAAUUCAGUUGGCUACUGGGCUCAGUUUCACUAGACACACCCAGACAUGACUGCUGGCAGACCUGCUGAAACUAAACAUCACUUAAAUAGAACCUGCCUGGCAACGUGAAGCAGCUAGAAGGUUUAAAAAAAGCAGCACGCGAUGCCACGUUCUAAAGAGAUUCAAAUACAAAUGCGAAGUUAUUGAAAUCUGCCAGCUUGGAAAGGGUUGCAAAGACAUUGCUGAGGCUCUGGGAUUCCAGCGAAUCACAGUGAGAGUCAUUAUCCACAGAAAAGUUGUGAGCCGUCCAGGGAGUGGCCCCCCCUACCAAAAUUUCACCGAGAGUGCAUCGACGGACUCAUGAAGGAGGUCACAAAAGAAUACUGACGAACAUCUAAAGAACUGCAGGCCUCACUUGCCUCAGUUAGGGUCAGAGUACAUGAUUCCACAGUAAAAAAGACACUGGGCAAAAAUGGCAUCCAUGGGAAAGCUGCAUGGCGCAAACAACUGCUGACCAAAAUGGACACAAAGGCUCGUUUCACAUUUGCCAAAAAACAUCUAGAUGACCCCCAAGACUUUUGGGAUAAUAUUCUGUGGACUGAUGAGUCAAAGGUGGAACUUUUUGGAAGACAUGGGUCCCAUUAGAUCUUGUGAAAAGCUAACACCACCUUCAGCCAUAAGAACAUGAUACCAACAGUCAAACGUGGUUGUGGUAUUGUGAUGGUCUGGGGAUGCUUUGCUUCGGUAGGACCCGGACGACUUCUCUUAAUUGUUGGAACGAUGAAUUCUGCUCUGUCAGAAAAUUCUGAAGAACGCCCAUCCGUCAGUUUGUGACUUAAAGCUCAAGCGCAGUUGAGCUGUGCAGCAGGACAAUGAUCCAAAACACACAAGCAGGUCCACCUCUGAAUGUCUCAAGAGAAACAAAAUGAAGGUUUUGGAGUGUCCGAGUCAAAGUACUGACUUGAACCUCAUUGAGAUGCUGUGGCAGGACAUUAAACGGGCAGUUCAUGCUCUAAAACCCCCCAGUGUAGCCAGAUUAAAACAAGUUUGCGAAGAAGAGUGGCCCAAAUUCCUCCACAGCGAUGUGAAAGACUCAUCACAAGUUAGCGCAAAUGUUUGAUUGCAGUUGUUACUGCCGAGGGUGGCACAGCCAGUUAUUAGGUUUAGGGGGCAAUUACUUUUUCACUUGGUUGAUGCAGGUUUUGAAUAAAUCUUUAUCUUCAGUAAAAUGAAUGAUCAUUUGAAAGCUGCUUUUUGUUUACUCGUGUCUUUCUCUUAUAUUAAAAUUAGUUGGAUGAUCUGAAACAAUUAACAUGACAAAUUAACAAAAAUAGAAGAAAUCAGGUGGGGAGCAAAUACUUUGUCACAGCACUGUACGUAACAAUGAGAAGCUUGCCUUUGAUAAGUGUGUGAAAGAGCUAUCUGAUUACGACUGGAACAAAAUGACAGUGUACGUUUUUCUUUCAGUUCUGUUUGGUGUCUGUAAAACUGCAGGUCGAACAGAUUACGGUGCUACAGUGCAUCUCAUAAGAGAGAAGGUGCAGUGCUUUGUCUCACAGGUCAAGUAUGUUUGUGGUGCUGAGGUGACAGACAGUGGAAAAGAUUUAGGAAGGAUUAACCAGUUCAUGUCUGUUUGUUUCUGUUACUGUUGCGUUAUUUAAAUGACUGACAUCAUUAAGUUAAAGCAUAACCAGUGAGUCCGUGGGCCUAUAAGCAUAAUCCUCAAAACAUAGUAAAGUUGAAACGUUUAUCUUAGAGUGCUAUUUGAAUGGGAUUAGUUUUGCAUGGAGAACAUUUACCUUCUAUAAAAUGGGUUAGAAAUAACUCCGGGUUGUGUUAAUCCUGUGCUGUAAACCAAGACAUAGAAAUAAAGCCAGAUUAUAUUAAUUAUUUGCUGUAAAAUGAACAGUAGACAUGUUUUAUUAAUAUGUUCUGUGGAAAAGGAGUUUUCCUUACUAAUUUCCCACUCUGUUGUUGCUUUUUUCUUAUUUGCAGUGAACCAGAUAUCCGUUCAUAAUGCAUACUCAUAUAUCAAAAUUAGUUUGAACGCACACCCCUGUUUACUUGUAUUCUCUAUGGCCCAAAUCAAGACAUUUUGCAUUGUCCUACCUCAAGUAUACCAAGCAUUAAAACAUGAAAAAUGACAGGAAAAAAUGUAUCCAUCCAGCGGUGUUGACCUGUAAAUUCUCAAGAUAAUAACACAUUGCAUUGACUUAAGACUGCAAGGUAAACAGUUACAGUACAUUCUCAGAAAAAAAGGUACUAAACUGUCACUGGGGCAGUGCCCACCUUGUCACCGGGGUGGUACCCUCAAGGGUUCAUCUCAGUACCUUUAGUCAGGG